AUGGCUCGAGAAGAAUUACUCCUAUACGAAGGAACAGCCACCUACAAAACUUUUGCCGUCUCACGGCUUUCACAGUUCUUAUCAAAUCCCAGACUAAAGCACCAUCAAGCUGCUGACAAGAUUUUAUGCUACCUUGAACGUCAUCGUGCGUAUGCCUUGAGGCUUGGAGGAGGUGAAGAUUAUUCAGUAUUAACAGACGCCUCCUUUGCAGAUAAUACACUUGACCGUAAGAGCUCGCAAGCAUACAUUAUGACACUUUUUAGUGGAAUAAUAGGAUGGCAAGCGAAUAAGCAGGAUACGGUAACAACGUUAACCACUAAAGCUGAACUAUUAGCUCUCGCUCAGGGGGUGAAAGAAGACAAAUAUGUCCUUUGA